AUGGGGCAGCAGUUCAGCUGGGAGGAGGCGGAGGCGGCCGGUGAGAUGGACGUGGCCCAGCUUCAGGAGUGGUACAAGAAGUUCGUGGUGGAGUGCCCCAGCGGCUCUCUCUUCAUGCACGAGUUUAAGUGCUUCUUCAAGGUCACAGGCAACGAGGAGGCCACCGAGUUUGUAGAGGGCAUGUUCCGAGCCUUCGACAAGAAUGGGGACAACACCAUCGACUUCCUGGAGUAUGUGGCAGCCCUGAACCUUGUGCUGAGGGGCACCCUGGAGCACAAACUCAAGUGGACCUUCAAGAUCUACGACAAGGACUGCAACGGCCGCAUCGACCGCCGGGAGCUGCUCGACAUUGUGGAGGCGAUCUACAAGCUGAAGAAAGCCUGCAGGGUGGAGAUGGAGUGUGAGCGGCAGGGACAGAUGCUCACCCCCGAGGAGGUGGUGGACAGAAUCUUCCUUCUGUUGGAUGAGAACGGAGACGGCCAGCUGUCUCUGAAUGAGUUCAUGGAAGGUGCCCGUCGAGACAAGUGGGUGAUGAAGAUGCUGCAGAUGGACGUGAACCCCAGUGGCUGGAUCUCUCAGCAGAGGCGGAAAAGUGCCAUGUUCUGA